AUGUAAAGUCCAAGUUAAAUUUUUAAAGAAUAAAGUGCUCUCAGGUCCAAAAGUGAGUUAGUUUAAAGAAAGUAAAGCAAUGAAAAUAAUUUUGCCAUCAUAUAAUAUAAUAUCUAAAGCGAAAUUAGACUCAAGAAUAAACAUUCAAUAAAAGAUCAAAUAGAAUUUUUACAAUCAGAAAUUACAGCUUUAGAUUAAAUAACAGAUUAAUUAAGUGAGGAACAGAGAAAAUAUAGAAAGAGCAGAUUGAAAUUAAAAUUAAUGUAAGUUUUGAGACAAAGUGAGCAUGUUUCAACAUUAUCAAUAAAUCAUAUAGGUUAAAAAAUUGAAAAAGAGAAUAAAGAACUUAUGCUUUAUGUGUUAAAAGAAGCUUUAGCAAGAGAUUAAAACAGAGAAUUAUUUAUGACUGAUGGGAUACACUCUUGCGGAUUUGAUUCGAUAAUAGGAGCCUUUGGUUAAGAUUAAGAAUGUCUAAGAUUCAGAACAACUUAAGUAGAAUAUGAAUAAUUAAAAUCUGAUUGUAUGUUAAGGGAAGAAUAUUUAUUAAAUUUUCAGGAAAAAGUUUCAAAAAUUUUUAAGGUUAGUCCAUCGGAUGUUUAAAUUUUAGAUAUAACUGAAGGUAGCAGCAUAAUUUCAUUCAAAAUUUAGAGUAAAGCUGACUUAAUAAAUGAACCAGAGUCAAUGGAGUUUUUAGAAAAAACAUGUAAUGGAAAAGUUGAUAUUUAUAAUUAUUUUUUUGAAAGUAAACAUAACAAAUCACGCCAGAUAGGAUUAAGCAGUAAAGAUUUUGAUAGUAGGUAUAAUAUGGUUUGGGAUGGUCUUCGAGAAUGUCAAUAGAGAGGACCUCUAAAUUAACGUUAUGAUUAUUAUUUUCCUAAAGGGUGCUAUGGUUUUGGUUUAGAUAUUACCAAAUAUGGAAUUGAUUAAAAUUGGAUUUAAAUGGAUGGUAACAAAGAUGAAUGGAGAAUAUUGUUCCACGGAACAAAGAAUGAGAAUGUAAAUGAUAUCAUAGUGUCUUCUUUAAAAGAAGGAUGGAGGAGUUUAUAUGAAGACGACCUAUGUAAAGAUGAAUUUGGAAAUAAUGUUCCUGUUGGAAAAGGAAUAUACUUCUCUGAUAAGUUCACUGUUUGUGUUGAUAAAGGUUAUGCUAAACCUAUUCAAGUAAACAAUAAGUCUUUCUCUGCCAUCUUUAUGACAAGAGUUAAUCCGAAAAAAAUCAGAUAAUCUGAUCGCAUGAAAUAAGAGCGCUAUUUUUUAGUAAAUAGAAGUGCAGAUGUUAGAUAAUAUAGAGUCCUAAUAUAUGAGAAUAAGUGA